CCAAAUUCGAAGCAUGGAGAGUUCAAGUAAACGCAACAGUAACGGUACGUUGUGAAAUCACGCUGUCUUACCGUACGCAAUCUGCGUUAGUGGACAUUUACUCUUCCACUCAGCAUCCCUCUCCAACUUUUGCCAUGAGUUUGCUUCACCUAUCAACCUUUCUGGUUGUCGCUCUUGUAGUGAGAGCUCAGCCGCAGCUCUUGAGCGGAUCCUGCAGUUUUGAACUGGACGGCUGCGGCUACACGUCUGAUCCCGCUUACGCUGCCUGGGCCAUUAACGAAGAAGGUCGCUUCAUCACAGCAGACUCCCUGUCUGUUGGUGACAAAGAAAAGUAUAUUCUGGUCAGCCCAGAGUUGCAGAUCCGUGAAUGGAGUUGUGUGCGGUUAGUCUAUCAAAUCACUGGCUCGGGCUCUCUUCAACUCCACUUACGACCUGAGGGUGAGAACUUUGACUACACCUUAUGGACAGCGGAGAAACCCUCAGACAGUUGGCUUAUUGCCAGUGUGGACCUCCGUAAUAUGUCUGGGGCUUACCAGCUACUAUUUGAGGGUAAACCCAGCAGAGGAAAAGGAAACAGCAUUGCUGUUUUUGAAAUACACAUCAUCCCUGGAUACUGUAUUGAAUGUAACUUUGAGGAGCACCACUUGUGUGGCUAUAGUAAUCAGUGGAAUCCCAAUGUGAACUGGUAUGUUGGAGGGAGCUUGGCCCGGGACCCUCAGUCAAACCUUCCAGAUGACCACACUAUGAAUAAUGAGAGAGGUCAUUACAUGUAUGUGGACUCAGUUUAUGCUAAAAGGUUCCAGGAGGUGGCCAAGUUGGUAUCGCCAGUGACUACCACUCCAAUGGCAGGAUGCUUGUCAUUUUACUAUCAAAGGGACCAAGCUAUUGGGAAUUUCUUCUCCGUCUUCACUAAGGACCAGCUGGGCCACUAUGAAGAGAUAUGGAGGCCUGAUGUGUAUGCAACAUCAAGUUGGAAAUUAGUACAAGUGGAUAUUAAGGCACCACAUUCCUUAGAGGUGGUGUUUGAGGUGGCAUUCAACAGUGCUCGUGGUGGCUAUGUUGCUCUAGAUGACAUCUCUUUUUCCUCAGAGUUCUGCCACACAGAGACAGAGCCAGCUUUUGAUCCUUCUGUUGCAAACUGUGAGUUUGAAGAUGGACUGUGUCAGUAUUAUCAGGAACAGGCUGGAGGCACAGUGUGGAACAGGGUCUCUGUGAAACCAAAUGUUUACCGCAUCGGGGAUCACACCACAGGCAUGGGGUCUUUUCUACUGGCCAAUACUCGUUUUACCUCUCGCCCAGGGUAUGUGGGUCGCCUUUUUGGACCCUACCUACCAGGGAACCACAAAUACUGCCUCAGGUUCUACUAUGCCCUGCAUGGCUUCAUGAAAAUAGAUAAUGCUUUGGCACUGUACGUCUAUGAUGAAAACAAUGUCGCUCAGGAAAAAAUUUGGACUGUGUCUGAAAAUUCUAAAGAUGUUUGGACAGAGGUGGAAGUCACCUACCAGAAGCCAAUGUCUACUAAGAUAGCAUUUGUCAGCAUCUGCAGAAAUUUCUGGGACUGUGGACUUGUAUCUCUUGACGACAUCUCAGUGACCCUUGGAGACUGUCAGGUCACUACAGGACCACUGAAGCCACCUCCUGGACAUUGUAACUUUGAAACUGGCGACUGUGGCUACACCCAGAAAAAUAAAAAUAACAAGGGACAUUGGUUACGGAUUAGGGGACAGACACCCACCUCCUACACAGGACCCAAAGGGGACCACACCAUAGGGGUAGGUUACUUCAUGUACAUUGAGGCGUCCCACAUGUUACCCAGUCAGUCUGCCCAGCUGAUGUCCACUGAACUCAGGGGUUCAACCGGACCUCAGUGCCUGAUCUUCUUCUACCACAUGUAUGGCUCGGGCACAGGGACCCUGAGCGUGCUGCUGCAUAAGGGGGACAGAGAGAGGUUGCUUUGGACAAGACAAGGGGAACAAAGCAUGUCCUGGAUGAAGGCAACAGUGGAUUAUGAGUGUUACACAAGGCACUGGAUUAUAUUUGAAGCCAUCAGAGGAUCUUCAAUAAGGAGUGACAUUUCUAUUGAUGAUAUUGUGUUUAAAAAGGGACCUUGCAAAGAUCCUGGAGACAGCAUCCCAUACUCAGGCUUCUCUGAGAAUUUUAAUGAGAUUGAGUACUGAGCAAGGCCUUGGAGUGCUGAUGUGUGUUUUUAUUUGCAUGUCAAUGGGGACAGGCAUUGAGACAGCUUGGGAACUUUUUAUUUUUGUGUACUUUGUUUAGAGAAUAUCAGAAAUUACUUUUAAUUUCUGUAAUGUGUUGACAUUGCUUAGCAGCAUGCUGCUGGGUAGCUUAAAUGGAUUGUUAAAUUUUUUGCUGAUGUGAACAUUUUCUUGUUUCGUUUAACACUGACAAGUGUCCAGUUGUAUACAUUCUCACUCACAGUGUUACAUUUAUUAAAAAUAACUUGUUUUUGAUUGAAAAACAUUUUGUCAUGUUUUUUUUUUAUUUUUU